AUGCAACGCAAGCCAAUCACACCCACUACAAAGGGAUGCUCAGUGCCUUGCUUUCUCCACAAUAUCAGCGUCGAGUGCGAAUACCAGGAACCGGACUGCAAUACCCGAUACCGAAUGAAAUUCUACCACGUCCAUUUGGAUCCAAUGUUUUCCUCUUUAUUGCUGUAUGAUCGGUCGUGUGCGCUACCCGUCGCAAUGGCAUCCACUCCACCAACAUCCUCCUUGGAUUCCUUUCAGAUCAUAUCUUCUCUCCGUUAUGACCCUGCGAUUCCGCAUGCGAUCGGUGAAAGAACUGCAGAACCCCGUCUUCUAGCUACACCAUACUACCUUCUACCUUACCACCGGGAUCGGCUCCUAAACGCGGCAAUGUGUUUCAAUUGGGCAAAAGCUAUUGAGUUUCUACGGCAAGAUUUGGACCAGUUUACUCAGAUUCUAGAGACGUUUGUACCAAACAAAUCAAAACCAUGGCGCCUUCGUAUUGUUAUUGACAGCAGUGGAUUGUGCAAGGUUGAAGCCAACCCGACAGCAUCAAUGGACCCCCUAAACCUUCUCUGCCCUUCCCGAAACGUUUCACAGCCAAAUACGUGGCGUGUAUAUGUUGACUCAGAGUCUACAGCCCCUUCGGACUUUACUACGCAUAAGACUACUGCGCGUGGGGACUAUACAGCUGCCAGGUAUCGGUCUGGGAUCCUUUCACCCCAAGAGCAGGCAGAGGUGCUUGUAGUGAAUCCAAAGGGCGAAAUCAUGGAAGGGAGCAUCACAACCCCGUACUUCAGGCGGCGCAAACCUGGAUCUGAGAAGGAUAGCGCGAGCAAAGACUCCGGACCAGAAUGGGCCACACCACCGCUCUUAAGUGGUGGCAAUGCAGGUACAACUAGACGAUACGCCCUGGCAGAAGGGUUUUGCACAGAGGAGGUCAUUACAGUGGCUGAUUUAGUAGACGGUGAAGAGUGUUGGCUUAGUAACGGUGUCAGAGGCUUCAUCCCCGGUAGGAUUACAUUGAUGGACCCGAAAGGGUCCGAAAGGGUCCCACUUCCACGGUAA